GGGAGAUAUGGUUUCAGUUUUAAAGAGAUUAUUUUUCAUUUCAUUACCGUCCCUUCAGGGACCUUCAAAAAUUGCCGUUGACAGUGAUGUUUCACACCAUCAAGGCGGGGUAUUGGUUAAAGUUUUCAACUAGCAAUAAUCGCACCUCGGGAGACCCUCAUCGGUUACGAUAUUGCCACUGCGCAAAGCUAAAGAAAGAUAGAAUCCAACCCGGUUUUAUUCAUUCCAGCAACGAAACCGCUUAUACGAAUCGUAUGUCAGAUAACACAAAUAUUUUCAUAGUGCAAUAUGUUUCCUUAACCAUGCAUUGAAACAGUAAGCAAGUAAACAUUGCAAGGAACAAAGUUCAUUUAAUACAAGUUUUAUUAUUUUCCAUUUUGCAAUACAAUCGAUGUUUUUAGUUGGAAAAAUCACACUUUAGUCGAUGGCAGUAUGGAACAUGGCCACCUUCAUAGCCGCGGGCAAUAGUGUACUGCUCUCGAACUUGGCCAGUCGAGGCUUCGAAUCCCACCGAGUUCCAAUCUUUUUAUGCGACCAAGUCAUCCCUACGAGCUUGUUUUUUCGAUAAUAAUGGCUGAAAUGGACACAAGUAGCUAUAAAAACAGUUUGUUUCAAUUGAAACGGAUCAUUUGGUCAACCAGAGGCAAAACAAGCUGUGUGUACAUGCUACGCUGACAGUUCCGUUUGAUCGAUAGAUCAGAGGCCAUACAAAUCGAGACCAUGUCGGAUCAGAAGGAAAUCUAUCAGCUCCUGCAACUGUUGAGGAAAGAGCGGCAAAAUCAAUCAGAAAAAGCACGACUCGCCAAGCGUCUGUCAGCCUUACGUGACGAAAAUCUGCGCCUCUUGACGGAAAUUGGCCACUGCCGCAACAACGUUGAAAAUUUACGCAAACUGCUGGCUAACGACGAUCAAAAGGCUUAUCACCACUACAUUCACCAGAGAAACACUUUUUAUUUGAUUUUGAUUUUUGGAAUUUCUCCAUGGGGGUCACAAACGAAAAGGGAGAAGAUGCUGCACCAACGACAGCAACUGAGAGAGAAAAAAGCCGAUCAACGCAAGCUGGUGGACGAAUUGGAUCAACGCUUCGAGCGUCUCCAAUUGGCCACUUUCCCCGUUUUCUCCUAAUCAGCACCUGCACGCCAAGAAAAAGAGCGCAAAUCUGCUGAGAACAAAACCAAACCAAACCAAAAAAAAAUGCCACAAUCAAUAACCUCGACCUCUUCAAUUAUCAUCCUGAGCCCUUGAGCGUUCCUCCUCUAUUUCCCCAGUCGGUUUCAAAACAAUUGUUUGUGUAUCAAAGUGCGUUCGAUGUUGAUUGGAAUUUCAUUGGCUCACAGAAUGCAAUGUCGUGACUUAAAUGAAUACACUGGGAUGAUGUGUA